UGGGACUCGCGGUUCUCUCCAUACUUCCUCUUUCGACGAUACUUUGACAUCAAAUUAAUUUCAUCGGCAUUUUUCAUUCGGCAACUCUUCCGGUGAUCACUAGGUACCUGAAAUUAGAUCCACCAUUGUAACGCUCAGCCUACUCGCCGCGUCAAGGGAACUUUUGUCUUACACGGCCCCUCUAAUCGCUCGAGCUUCAAUCUUCAAUCUUUAUUAACAUCUAUCCUACCACGAAACCUCACACAACUUCAUUAAAUCGUCGACAACUACAGAAUCCGUGGUCGGGAAAAUCUCCUACAAUCCAUACUCUGUAUUCAAUCAAUUAAUAUGGCUUACAACAAAGCUUUCAACCCAGAUUCGCUACCUGCAUUCGCAGAGCCAGAACGAAAACAUGCACAAUCCCCCAUCGUUCAAGCCCCCAUCCACAGCCAAGCGCAACAAGCCAUGCACGGCGCACAAUACGAAAACCGACCCCCGCCAUCCCUCCCCCAAAGCAUAAAUCCCAUCGGCCGCAGACCAUCCGAUGGGCGACGACUCUCGCCCCAAAUGCAUCCUCCAGGAAACUAUGGCGCUUCCCCUCCAGGUCGCGGCUAUGCCUCUCCUCCGCCAGGCCAAUUCCAACCUGGUCGAGUUGCGCCUCAGACAAGACCCGCGCAACAAUCUAGACCUCCUCCUUCGCCUGCUCCUCCCGGUGCGGAUCCCCAAUUGUGGCCGCUGUUUCAGGCUGUGGAUAAAGAUAGAACCGGCGCUCUCACCGAAAAAGAGCUCCGCGCCGCCCUCGUAAAUGGCGAUUGGACCGCCUUCGAUCCGUAUACUGUAAAAAUGAUGAUCCGCAUGUUCGAUACCGAUCGCAGCAACACGAUCAAUUUUGAAGAGUUCUGUGGAUUGUGGGGAUUUCUCGCGGCGUGGCGUGGAUUGUUUGAUCGUUUCGAUAAAGAUCGCAGUGGGAAUAUUAGUUUGGAUGAAUAUUCGGAGGCGCUGGUGGCUUUUGGUUAUAGAUUGAGUGAUAGUUUUGUGGGGACACUGUUUAAGGCUUAUGAUAAGAGAGCGGAGGGAGCGAUUAGUUUCGAUAUGUUUGUGCAGAGUUGUAUUAGUUUGAAGAGGAUGACUGAUGUCUUUAAACGUUACGAUGAUGACCGCGAUGGUUACAUCACACUCUCCUUUGAAGAUUUCCUCCUCGAGAUCAUUCGACAGAAGUAUUAAACUUUGUGCAUAUUCAUGGCGAGGGCGAGGAAGAUAUAUAUCUCCGUGGAACGGGGCAGAUGGGUAAACAGAUGGUUUUAGCCUCAGUAUAGGGGGAAGCGAAGCGAAAGGGGGAAGAGGGGAACUUGUCGGUGCGGAUUAUAUGUUCUGGUGAGGGAAGGUGAGGGAGGUGAGAGGGAUGUGGAGGAAUUUGAUGUGUCUAGAUUGUAUAGAUGCUCGUAGGAAAUAUUGAUACCCAUGGUUUUUAUAGUGGUUGU